UACGUUCAGAUAAAAACAUACAUAUGUAACGUUGAUUAAUUUUUUCUAAAUUUCCUGUAUUAUCCUGAUAAAUCGAACAAGGAACAGGGAUGAUGCGGUUGGGGGACAAAUGUUAUUGCAGAGACAAAAUAUCGUCGCCCAUUACCAAAUACACGGAACUAGAACCAGCCCUUUGCCAAGAAUUACGAAAAAUCGUGGAAGCCCUCGUAGUACCGGGGAAAGGGUUGUUAGCAUGCGACGAGUCCCCUUCGUCUAUGGAAAAGCGUCUCGACGAGAUAGGAGUAGAGAACACGGAAAACAAUCGUCGCGAUUAUCGUCAAAUGUUGUUCUCCGCUGAUAAGUCCCAAUUUUCCAAAUACAUAAGCGGUGUUAUUCUGCAUCACGAGACAGUUUAUCAAAAAACGUGCGACGGUGUCGAGUUGAUCGAACUGCUACGUCAGAGGGAUGUCGUACCCGGUAUUAAGGUCGACAAGGGUCUGGUCCCGCUGUUCGGGGCAAAGAGCGAGAAGACCACGGAAGGCUUGGACAGUUUGCAGGAGAGGUGCAUCCAAUAUAAGCGAGACGGUUGCCACUUCACCAAAUGGAGAUGCACGUUCGCCAUCUCCGACAGCACGCCGAGUCAAUUGGCCAUGGUUACGAAUGCGCACGUCCUUGCAAGAUAUGCCAGUAUAUGUCAGAGUGCACGAAUGGUACCGAUCAUAGAACCGGAGAUAUUGAACGACGGUGAGCACGGGAUAAACCGAGCGUUGGAAGUUCACGAGGAAGUGCUUUCGAUACUAUUCCGUACUCUGCAAGAGCACCACGUCUACCUGGAAGGUAUGAUCCUCAAGGUGGCAAUGGUCUUGUCCGGGAUAAAGAACAGCGCGAAUUGCACACCGCAGCUUAUCGCGGAGCACACGUUGACCGCGUUGCAGAGGACAGUGCCACCGGCGGUGCCAGUGAUCGCAUUUUUAAGCGGCGGACAAUCCGACUCGGACUCGGUCGUAAAUUUAAACGCUAUUUGCGCUUACGAAGGGACCAAACCUUGGCCUCUGACGUUCUGCUACGGACGCGCCUUACAACUAGCGGCGAUGCAAGCGUGGAAAGGGAACGAAGAGAACGUUCCGGAGGCUCAGGCAAUAUUUUUGGAAAGAGCGAAGCUCUGCUCGGAGGCUGCGUCGGGACAAGUGGAACCUGAGAACGGCAUAUGCACCAGGAAGAAGAACAACAAUUCUCGUUAAAAACGUGGUUGCGUCACGCGAUUCCCAGCUACUUCCUAAUCAAUUUGCCCGAACACUCGAAACGUUAGAUCGUGACGAAGUCUAACCGUCGGAUGACGUUUGACGAGUCUAACGCACGUUAUCAAUGACCUUAUCACCGGCUGAUUUCAGCGAAUGAUAACGUGCGAGAGAUCUGUCGCGGCCGUGAUGAAAGUACGUCAACCUUUACAGUGAAAUGUGCCGUCCGUAAAAUUCGGUGAAUGUCAGGGUGCCUUUGACUGACCUCUAAGGAAGGGAUGCUCAGUCGGAGGAUCUGGCGACGUGACGAGACACGCGUAACCGUUUUAUCGCUUCGCCAGUGGUCGAUACUUGGUCGUUUCUAUGGACCGAAUUCCCCCGUUCUCGACGCUUUCACAGCUCGGGUCGUCAAGGAGCGGGAGCCUAACGGUGUCGUGGCUCUCGGACGAUUACUUCGAACGCUCGCUGAAUCUUGAUCGUGUGACGAAACCGUAUGAGAAAUAAAAAAAUAGACUGACCGAGACGUUCAUGGUUCCUCGUGUUGUAUUCACGCGCCCGUGCGCCUUCGUUUCC